AUGGCUACUUCCCUACGUCUAAUUCUCUUUUCCUUCCUCUUCUUCGCGGCUGCCACAUCUUGUUCGGCAUUCAAUGUAACUCAGGUGUUGGGCCCGUUGAAGCAGUUCAGCACCUUCUCCAACUACCUGGCUCAGGUCGGCGUCGUGGGAAUGAUGACCAACCUAAAAAACGUGACCAUCCUCGCCGUCGACAAUGCCAACAUGGGCUCCAUAUCUGGCAAAUCGCGAGAGGAAAUCAAACGGGUGAUGACGAUGCACGUCAUCCCCGAGUACUAUGACUUGGACCGCCUCCGGAGCGCGCAAAAUGGCACCGCAUUGAUCCGCACCAUCUACGUGCUGACGGGGCUGGCCAGGGGCAAAGAUGGAAUGUUGUUGGUUACCAAGAGAGGGAAGGGCGGUCGCCUCUCCUUCGCCAGCGCGAUUCUUCCCCGCUCCAAGCACACGGUCAACCUCCUCCGAUCCGUCGUCGUUCCCUCGCGAAACGUGUCGAUUUUCCACGUCAGCGGCGUGAUUGUCACGCCUCCGCCUGUCGUCAGUGUCGCUAGCGAGGGAGCAGGCUCCGACGCCGCCGGCCGGAUCGCGGUGUCGAGCAAGUGGAUGGUGCGGCGGGAGUUCCCCAAGAAGCCGGCGGUGAACGGCGGGAUCAAGACGGGGGAUCUGAAUCAGGUGUUCAUGCCGAAGAAUUUGAAAGAAGGCGGCGACGGCGAGGAGGAGGAACUCAAAACUUCGGAGAAGGCAGAAUCGGAGGCACCAGCCAAGGCUCCGUCCAAAUCCCCGUCCAAGGGCGCCUCGCCGAAGAAAUCACCGGCGAAGGCUCCAUCGCCGUCGAAAUCCUCGAACUCCACCGCCGGGGGAAAGAAGGGGAAGUCACCGGCGACCUCCCCAUCGUCGUCGUCGGACUCUCCUGCUCCAGCUCCAUCAAAGAAGAAGAGCGACAGCCCGUCUCCGGCGUCGUCAAAGUCGCCCGCAAAGUCUCCCAAGGGGGCAAAAUCGUCGGAAGCAUCGCCAUCACACACGUCCGACGAUUCCCCGGCGCCUUCCAAGUCGGGUAAAGGCGACUCGUCGUCCGACUCUCCUGCUGGUGGAGCUUCUCCGUCGUCGUCCGACGACUCUCAAUCAAACUCGUCCCCUCCUGCGCCGCCGGCGGGUUCGGAUUCUCCGUCUGCGGAUAGCCCAUCGGACGAUGCCGAUGCGCCGGCAGCAGCACCUACCGGUGGUGCCGCUCAGAUGAGCCUUACCAAUGCCGGGAUGGUGAUGACGGUGAUGGCUUUGUGGGCCCUGGCCGCGUAA